UGACAGCCAGCUUGCAUACCGGUGCCAUGGUGGGGUGAUCAAAUCACCCCACACUUGGCUGUGGAACAUCCAGAUUUGCACUAUCAGCACUCUUGAGAGUGUAGUAUCCCGCGUCUAUCCCCCUUAUCCUAGGCGCAUAUUAGAAGCACUAUUUGCAAUGGCCUCUGCAGAACCCCGCUCUCUUCUCUGUUACCCCUCGACCUUUAAAGCGUCUCCACCGCCAUGCCGUUUAUCCAUAUUGUUCUUCUGCCAGUAAAACCCGAUGCUCCGCAGGAGCUGGUCGAUGAGGUUGUCGCUGAGAUCGUUGCGCUGCAGGAGAAGAUUCCGUUCGUGCGCACAAUGCGGUGCGGCAAGACCGUGACGCAGCGUGGCAAGCAGUUCACGCACGCCCUGGUUGCUGAGCUCGAGAAUGAGUCGCAGCUGCCUGAGUACGCCGUGCACCCGGCGCAUCAGGCUGUGCUGCAGAAGAUCAAGCAGAUCAUUGGUGAAGAAGCCGUGGCGUUGGACUUUGACUCCAAGCACUAGCUAGAUAUCCCCAUGGGCUACAUGCUGCGAAAAUAAAUGCCAAAUAUAUUUUUCACCCGCAA